AUGCGCCUGCACCUGCACCAGCAGCAGCACCAGCAGCACAACCAGCACCACCAGCACCAGCAGCAGCACCAGCAGCAGCACCAGCACCACCACCAGCAGCAGCACCAGCACCAGCAGCACCAGCAGCAGCAGCAGCAGCAGCAGCAGCAGCAGCAGCAUUUUGUGUUUAUGUGUAUCAGGUGCGGUCACUGCCGCAAGCUGGAGCCUACCCUGAAGCGAGUUGCUGCUGCAGUGAAGCAGCAAAGUGACCUUGUCUUAGGCAAAAUAGAUGCAACCAGAAAUGAAAUAGAAGGAAUCAAUCUAUCUGGUUAG